GGCGUACUCCACUCAUGGCGGCAGCCUUUGGAGGUCACACUGACAGUAUUAGAGAGCUGCUCUCCUCAGGAGCCGUGGUGGACCUGGCUGCCAAGGAUGGGCGUACUCCACUCUAUGUGGCAGCCUUUGGAGGUCACACUGACAGUAUUAGAGAGCUGCUCUCCUCAGGAGCCGUGGUGGACCUGGCUGCCAAGGAUGGGCGUACUCCACUCUAUGUGGCAGCCAAUGGAGGUCAUACUGACAGUGUUAAAGAGCUGCUCUCCUCAGGAGCCGUGGUGGACCUGGCUAACAAGUAUGGGGACACUCCACUCAUGGUGGCAGCCGUCAUGGGACGUGUAGAUAUUGUAAGGAAGCUUCUCUCAUCAGGGGCUUCCCCUCUAUAACACACGAACGGCCAUGAUGGAGUGCUUGUCCAUGUGGCAACAAAGAAACCCAGCUGCUGCAACCUACAGAACUCUUCUGGAACUACUCCUAAGAGUGAAGAAAUAUAGCAUUGCAAUUAAAGUGUUUAAACAUUGCCUAGAGAAUAGUAAACUUGCAUAGUACAUGUAGAGCUAUGUGUAGCCGGCGCAUUAUGUAUUUGUUUUUGUGAUGGACUUGUAUGUAUUUUUAUCGCUUUAGUAGUCUAGAUAUGAAUGUAUAUAACAUUUUAUACAUGUA